AUUGAAAACGUGAGAAGAACCACACACACGCACAGUUAGCUCACGAACAUUGUCAAGUUUCAUUCAAAAAAACAAAAACAACCAAGGAGAAAGAAACGCAGACAAGUAAGAUAGCAACGCAGUGAUAAUGCCAACUACUACUACUACUACUAUAUGAGUGUGUGACUGUGUGUACUAAGUGGGGGGUGUGAUGAAUGCCUGCCAGUCUCCCUCCCUCAAAACAAAAAAAAUUAGCAAAGGAGAGGAGUAUAUAUUAAUUAUAGUCUCGUGGAUUUCAGCGUUAUUUUUCAAACUUGCCUUCAUACCCGCGCUCAUCUCUAUACUGUUCCGUUGAUUUUUUUUUUUGUUUUUAAUUUCUUAUUUUAUAAAAAUAACAUAUAUAACAAAAACCCCUUAUACUAUUACUACUGCUUACUAAUUUUUGCACCCCCAAUUGGAAAGAAAGCCUCAAACUUUGAGGCACAAAACAAGAAAAGGCAGCCACCCCCACCACCAGAGUCCACCACACCACACCCCCAAUCUCUCAAUUCUCUUUUUUUCAACAAAAUACUGCCCAAAACUCCUCCCUCCCCUCCCCUCAUCUCAUCCUAUCAAUUCUCCUCCUCUAUCCCCCCAUUUUUCACUACCCCCUGCUUAGCAUCAUCAUCCCUGCUAUUUCACGAAUCUCGAGGCAUGUACUUCUUUUGCCUUAUUUUUUCUAAUUCCAUCUCCUUUUUAUUUUAUUUUUUUUAUUUUUUUUUUAUGUAUAUACAUAUAAGAACUAGUAUGUGUUUGCGAUAAGGUUAACUGUGACUGAUUUUGGUUCCUAAUUUUGGGAUUCUGUUUGUGCUGCCGUUGUUGUUGUUGUCAAAAGUUCGAAUCCUAGGCAUCAAAUGGCUUAAAGGGUUUUUUUUUUUUUUUUCCACUUAAAAGUGUUUGUUACCUUGUGUUUUUUGCCUGUUCCGUUUUUUUGGAGUUAAAUUGUUUGUAUUUGAGUAAUCAGAAAAGAAAGAGAAAAAGAGGUUAGAAAAAGGAAGAGUGAAACUGGUUAUCUAUCCCUUUUCUGGUUUUAUUUUAUAUAUAUAAAACCGCUCUCACCAAAAGACUCUAACUUUAGCAUGCGAGAGCGGGGGAGGAGUAGCGGCGGUGGACAAAGCGUUUAGACAAUGCAGAGUGUGAAGCGGAAGCUUAACCCCAACAAUACUCCCACUAUUCCCAACUCCGGUCAACACCCCCAACCGGUCCAGAAGCAGAAAGAGAGGCAUAUCGUUUCCUGGUCCCCUGAGGAGGAUGAUAUUCUCAGAGAGCAGAUUGGUAUCCAUGGAACUGACAAUUGGGCGAUCAUUGCUUCAAAAUUCAAGGAUAAAACUACCAGACAAUGCAGAAGAAGGUGGUUCACUUAUUUGAACUCUGAUUUCAAGAAAGGUGGAUGGUCUCCUGAAGAAGACUUGCUCUUGUGUGAGGCACAGAAGAUAUUUGGCAAUAGAUGGACUGAAAUAGCUAAGGUUGUUUCUGGCAGAACUGAUAAUGCAGUGAAGAAUCGGUUCUCUACGCUAUGUAAGAAGAGAGCCAAAAAUGAGGCCUUAGCUAAGGAGAACAACACUUCUUAUAUCAAUUUGAACAACAAAAGAAUCAUCUUUCCGGCUGGUCUCAGUACAGAUGGAAUAUCAGAAACUGCAGAACAUUUGAAGAAAAUGAGGAGAAGCCACAUACCCAGUACGACUGAGAACUGCAAACAGGAAGUUGGCAAAUCUGGACCAACUACUCAAAUGUGUAGACCGCCUUUUGCAGUGCUUCCUCAAAACCACAAGGAUGAAAGCAGCUUGUCUGGUGAACAGUUCGUCGAUGAUGUUAAGGAGGCUUCUGUUGAUGGUGGAAACAGCCAAAAUCAAGGUACAUUUAUCAAGAAGGAUGAUCCAAAGGUACUAGCAUUGUUGCAACAAGCAGAAUUGCUCAGCUCACUUGCAGCAAAAGUAAAUUCAGAUAAUACAGAGCAGAGCCUUGAAAAUGCCUGGAAGGUUCUUCAAGACUUCUUGAACCAAAACAAAGAAAGUGACGAGCUCUGCCUAACGAUUUCUGACAUGGAUUUUCAACUUGAGACUAUUAAGGACUUGAUUGAGGAUUUGCAAGGAAAUGAUGAAGGCAGUCGUAUAUCAUUGAGGCAACCUGAUUUACAUGAAGAGACCUCCGGCUGCUCGGAGUUCAGUGCUGGAUCACCUCCAACAACCCAAGUGCCUCUUGAUAAUAUAGAGCAAUGUCAUUCUGAGCUUUGUGCACCAUAUCAGGGAAUUCAAGCCGACUCGCUAGUAGCUCAAGUUGGUGAUAUUAAUGGGAUAGUUGAAGGUGAAAAUCAAAUACCCGUCAGCAAACCUUCUGAUAAAGGUCUGUAAUUCUUUUGUUUUUUAUGUGAAGCCAUUCAGUAACUUCUCCGAUGCCCUUGUCUAAGAAAUUGAACAUUUGUUGCAGCAGACAUUUUGCCCGACUGUGAUGACAUAAAAGGCAAUGCUGUAUCUGCAUUUAGCUAUUCAAAUACGGAGUUCAGUUCCCCUAUUCAAGAGACUCCACUGUUUAAGUCAAUGGCUGCAGCAAUCCCCAGCCCAAAAUUUUCAGAAAGCGUGAGUAAGAUGUGAUUUACACGUAUGCUUGGACAUAUUGCAAGCAGCAGUCAAUUGUUCUCUAACUGUUAAAUCUCCAAUUUCCCAAGGCUGUUUAGAAAUGACCUCUUCCUACGAGCUGAUAUCAUUAUUAGAGAUAAAAGCUACGACAUUUUCAUGAUAAUCAAGAAGUUUCAGAAAGCUAGUAUAGUAUUGAACUGAGCCCCCGCAAGCUUCUCAUAUGGAGUAAAAGCCUGGAAAUUUAAUUUUGAAAUGUGUCUGCUUUCCACUCAUUUCUCCCUUUCACUUGGUUUAACGUGUGACAGUAAGCAAUAUAACAAAUGCAUGCCAUUCUUAGAUUUUAACAUACUACAUGGAUGCUUGUUGGGGUUUUACUGACUAUAGUAAAAAGCAGCAUCUCAUUAGCCUGCAAUUUAAGUGAAACAUAACCUAUGUCUUCCACGGCAUCCCUUCUCUUCUCUAUUCCAAUUGCACAAGCUUGGCCAUUAUCUUCCUAUGAACUUACAAAGUUGCAGUUGCAUUUGCAUAAAUCAUCUCAAAAUUACUGGACAACGGUGCUACUUUUCUUAAACAUUGGAGAUUUUCAGGUCAAGUGGCGACUUAAUUUGCAUCAUUUUGUGUAUUGUUGAUUGGUAAAUCAAAACAAAUAUUUAUUUUGGAAGUGUGCGUAGUAUGUCUGUCAGUAUAUUGAUGCAUAUGAAAUGCAGAUCCUCGAUUCACAGGUGCAGUACUGAAGUAUAUUUGUAUUAUGCAGGAGAGGCAGUUUCUACUAAGAGCACUUGGAAUGGAGUCCACUUGCUUAAAACCAAGCACAAAUCUUUCACAACCUCCCGCUUGCAAAAGGGCUCUCCUUCAAAGCCUAUGACGGUUUUCUUUGAUCCAUCUCACUUGAUUCAGAGCUUCCUUCACUGUUUAAUUCCAGUUUUCAGCAUAUGGGGCUUUUUACCUUAGCUUUUAAUCUCACUCCCUUCUUCCAUAGCAGUCAGCUCGACCUGUGUUUUUGCAGAAGGCCUAUGAGGAUCUGCUUUGCAAUCUAGAAUGUUAUGGCACAUUCUAGAUCGCCUUAUGAGUUCUUUGCUGAGUAACCUAAUACUCACAUGGAUUUUCUGUGUGGCUUUUAGUAUUGUGUCUAAUUCUUUUGUGUGUUGUUGGGAACUCGAGUUUUGGAGGUCGAAGUUCCCACAAAUUUUGGCCUUGAUGAUGCCAAUUGUAUAGACAUACCCCGUAUAAUUCCCUAGUUAUUUAGAGUGUAAGUAGACACCGGCACCUCGCCAGAAUUAGGCAUUUAUAGAGAAAAUUUGAAAAGAUGAUAGGAAAAGACUACCAAAAAAAAAAAAAAAAAAACAGCAAAGGAGGCUCAACCAGGAUAAUUGGACUCCUUGAUGUUUAAGGUGUGCAGAGUAUGAUAGGUGAAGUUUUCAUGGUGUUCAUAUAAAUUCUUUUUGUUCUUUUGAUAUUUACAUGUAACAUUUGUACUUACUAGAAUGGGAAGUGGAAUGUGUGCCAGAGUGCGGACAAUUCUGUUUUCUUGCUCGUCUGAAAAAGGUUUUACUGCACAUAGAAAAGCAAAUCUGUUACAGAUGUGCGAAUGACAGAAAAACAUGAAUGCAGAUGAUGAAAAUGCCCAGUUGGGCUAUAAAAGCAAUGGAAAAUGAAAGAAAGAAACUUGAGAGAGUGGAACAAGAGUUAUUACAAGAUUUCCAUGCUCUUUUUCUGCUGCAUUUGCCUUGAGAAACCCCUCAGUUGGUUCUCUGCUCUUCUGUGACUUGAUUUUUUCUCUGAAAAUUUAUCUGAGGCAGGGGACGGGGAAAUCCUUGUGGGGAAGAGGUUGGGUAUUUAACAUGGUCAGCGGGUUGGUUGUUGGCGGAGGACAAAAUGUGAUGAUCAAAAGCAAAAGGUACAUGUAAAAAAGAGGGAGGGAACCCGGUACAAAUUAAAGUAGUGCUCUUGAGUGUCAACCAUUUUACCUUACAGUCCAUCCACCUUUGAGCAACAUGUAGGAAGACCAGAUUUGACUUGUAAAGACAAACCGGUGACAAUUUAGUCGUGUUUUUUAUAUAUAUAUAUAUAUAUAUAUAUGUAUUUAACUCUAAAAUUUUUGGGCAGGGUGUCAAAAUGAGUUUGUUUCUUUUAG